AUGGGAAAUUGUUGUUCAUCAUCGAAAAGAACAAAUGGAUAUGAUUCACAUUCAACUCCAUCCGAAGAUCCAAACAAAAUAAUAGACGAAAGCGAUAGUCAUCAUCAUCAUCACCUUUUCCACCACCAUCAUAAAAGACAUUCUGGUAAUGAGAUGAAGCCAGUAUACCCAGAAAAUAAAAGAAAUUCAUUAAAGUCAUCAACAGGUUAUCAUCAUAAAGUUGUAGACGAAGACAGGGAAGAUUUAAUUUCGGCAUCUGUGCAUCAAAAAGACCCAUAUGAAUUAGUUCAAUCUCCCCCAACAAACAUAAUAAAUAAUAAUAUAAGCAAUGGUGAACAUCAAUCUCAAUAUCCAAAAUCCUAUCCACAUACACACAGCAGACAACUUUCAACUGAAAAAGUAGGUAGUUUCGAGCCACAAUUUAAAACCCCAAUAACAUCAAUACCACAACAUAUGAGAAUGGAAGGUUUCCAAAGAGUAAAACAUAAUUCAACUUCUUCAUUAUAUAUAAAAAGUACAUUAUCAACACCUGAUAAUGAUGAAAUUUUAAGAUGUAUGGCAAAUGCUUUAUUAUAUCAUAUCGAGAGAGGCGCACAAUUACCCCAAAAAACUGUUGAAAUUUUUAGCGAAGAAAAAUAUCCAAUUACAAAAAAUAAAGCAGAUUUAAGAACAAAUCCUACAGUAGAUACCAUUUAUAGAUUUAUUAGGGAUAUAUUUAAGGCCGAAAAAUUAGACCCAGAAUGCGCAAUUAUGUGUUUAGCUUAUAUUGAAAGAAUUAUUACUUUUACAGGAAUUACUUUAAGUGCACUUAGUUGGAGAAGAAUUACAUUGUCAGCAUUAAUUUUAGCCUCUAAAGUUUGGGAAGAUCAAUCAGUUUGGAAUGUUGACUUCCUUCCAGUAUUUGAUAAUCUUACAGCCGCCGAUUUAAACAAUUUAGAAAGACAGUUUUUAGCUAUGCUCCAAUAUAAUGUUAGUCUUACUGCAAGUGUAUAUGCUAAGUACUACUUUGAACUUAGAAACUUUUCAAAAUUAGAUUCAAACCAAUUUCCUCUUAAACCUUUGGAUAAAUCAGGUGUUAGAAGACUGGAAGAUUAUUCUAAAGCAUCGGAAUAUAGAGUGAAACCAUUUAAAAGAAGCGCAAGUGUUGAUCAAAUUAAUCCUCCAGAAAUUCAUACAAGAUUGGUUAUAAAUUAA